AUGGCUUACAACGACGAUGCAGUUUUGGCUCGCUUGUCUGCCUUGAACGAGAGUCAUGACAGCAUUGCCACGGCCGCACAAUGGAUUAUGUUUCACAGACGGCAUGCAGAUAGGACUGUGGAGAUAUGGUUCCAGAAGUUAAAGGAGUCGCCCAGCACUCGGCGAUUGAAUCUGAUAUAUCUGAGCAACGAGGUUGUUCAGCAAUCCAAAGCUCGUCACAAGAACGACUUCCCUUUGGCGUUUUCUCCUAUAGUUGCGGAGGCAGUUGCCGUGGCGUACAAGGGAGCCACUCCAGAUGUACAGAACAAAGUUCGCCGUGUCGUCGAGGUCUGGAGGGAUCGGUCUGUCUUUGAAAGUGCGAUUCAGGGCGCUAUCGAGGCUCGAAUCGACGAUCUGGACAAAGCUAGGGGCACGGUCAAGAGCGGAGUCGCGAGCGCUACCAUUGGUGGUGGUGGCCCAUCCGUGCCGUCUGAGCUGACACCACUGCUCACGCCGGCCUCGGCUGUAUCCAAGCUGGCCCUAUCCAUCAAGGCGAAGACGAGCGCGGCCGAGCAGGAGUAUGCUAAGAAUACUGACCCUAAUCAACCCACGCCUUCAGCGCCGGUCUAUGCGGCCCGGCUCAACGGCCUGUUGAAGACUCUCGCCUCUGCUGAGGGGGCGGUCGCAGAGUGCGUCAAGGCCCGGAAGGAGCUGGUCGGAGCUCUUGAGAAACUUCUCGACACGAACAAGACGAGCUUGGACGCCGAAGAGAAGGAACUCGCCCAGCUCACCGAGAGAAAGUCUGAUAUCGAACAGAAGAAGCAAGAUGUCGAAAUGGCCAUCAUGCGCGGUCUAGCCGAUCAGGAUUCGGGUACCCAAGGCCCCAAGUCUGGCAGUCCUGUGCCGGAGCCUGACAGACCCGAGGUUGAGGCCUUGACACCUCCGCCUGUGUCUGACGAGCCCGAUUUUUAUGAGCCAGAACCCGCCGCUUCCGAGUUCGAGCCCGUCCCGGCACAGCCCGCCUUUCCUCAAGCACAACCUACGGGGCUCGAGGCUCUUUCUCACCUGGCAUCUCAGUACUCUGCUGUUCCCGUCUCCGUGAAUGGGCAGAAUAAGAGGCGAAAGAUCGAUGGUGAAGAGAUUCCCGAUCUCGGCGAUGAGAUGGACCCCAACAUCGACGAGAUGAUACGCCAGUGAUAGGUGCAAGAAGGAAAUACGGGGCAAUGAGACAGCACAAAAACCUGUCAACUUUCAGGCAGGCGAAGGGCAUUCCACAGGACCGAUCGUGACCACGUUGGACCGAUUUUCGAUUAUCGACAGCUUCAAUAAUAAUAGUCUGGACUCUCUCAAUACCGUUACAAAGGCUUCCCUACAAUAUUAUUUCUUCGGGUUGGGCAUGAUUGCCUGUAUCAUUACUGCUGCUCAUUAUGUUUCUGUGGCUGCCCGGUAGAGGAUAGCUGGUUUUUUUCGACCUGGAUCUCAAUAGGGAUGUAUGCUCUGGGACUAGAACAAGCCUACCUCGGCCAGACGCCAAGGAUACCUGGACUCUUGUGAUGCCCACGUACUGCGUCCACGCUACAUCUGCAAUGCCUUCUUUGCCUCGGUAGAUGAGGGCAACCGGGUCAAAACGAUAAUAUCUCGAGAUGAAGUAAUUCG